AUGGCGCAGAGGUACGAUGAGCUGGCUCAUUACGGUGGCGCGAUGGACGGAGUCGGAGUCCCCACCUCCAUGUAUGGAGACCCGCACGCCCCCCGGCCCCUGCCCCAGGUCCACCACCUGAACCACGGGCCGCCCCCGCACCCGGCCCAGCACUACGGAGCCCAUGCACCGCACAACAUCAUGCCCAGUAGCAUGGGCAGCGCCGUCAACGACGCACUGAAGAGAGACAAGGACCAAAUCUACGGACACCCUCUCUUCCCUCUGCUUGCUCUGGUGUUCGAGAAGUGUGAGCUGGCGACCUGCACGCCCAGAGAACCCGGGGUGGCCGGAGGAGACGUCUGCUCCUCCGACUCCUUCAAUGAAGACAUCGCCGUGUUUGCCAAACAGAUCCGUGCAGAGAAACCUUUAUUUUCGUCCAACCCGGAGCUUGAUAACUUGAUGAUUCAAGCGAUUCAAGUCCUUCGUUUUCACCUCCUGGAAUUAGAGAAGGUUCACGAGCUCUGUGAUAACUUCUGCCACCGGUACAUCAGCUGUCUGAAAGGCAAAAUGCCCAUCGACCUGGUCAUAGAAGAUCGAGAUGUGUGCAAGUCGGACUUCGACGAACUCUCAGGAUCCUCUACCAACCUCGCCGAUCAUAAUCCAGCAUCCUGGAGAGACCUGGAUGACGCCCACUCCACGCCCUCCGUGGGCACCCCGGGACCGUCCAGUGGGGGACAUGUUUCCCAGAGUGGAGAUAACACAAGUGAACUCGGAGACGGCCUCGACAACAGCCUGGCAUCCCCAGGCACAGGAGAUGAGGAUGACCAGGACAAGAAGAGGCAGAAGAAACGAGGCAUCUUCCCCAAAGUGGCCACAAAUAUUAUGAGAGCGUGGCUCUUCCAGCACCUUACGCACCCGUACCCCUCAGAGGAACAGAAAAAGCAGCUAGCACAAGACACAGGCCUCACCAUCCUUCAAGUGAACAACUGGUUUAUUAAUGCAAGGAGGAGAAUAGUCCAACCUAUGAUCGACCAGUCCAACAGAGCAGCUUUUCGGGUUUCUCCUCUUUCAGUGAAUCAGGGUACAGCUUACAGUCCAGAUGGCCAGCCAAUGGGAGGCUUUGUUCUUGAUGGGCAGCAACACAUGGGUCUCCGACCUGGAGGUCCCAUGGGUGGCAUGGGUAUGAACAUGGGUAUGGACGGGCAGUGGCACUACAUGUAA